UAGAUGAAUCUUGCCGGUAAUAGCACACAUCAGCCACGGCACUGCGACUGACAGCACAGGCAGAGAGCGGGGGACUGAGCAGCUGAGCACAGAAUUGUACAAUGAGAGAGAGAGAGAGAGAGAGAAUAACUGAAUCAGAUUAUCAUCAGCACGUUGGAGAGCGCAAAGCACAGAGGACUGAGUGAGCGCAGGAAAGGAGGAGAAGAAGAGGAGAGAGGAAUACAGAUACAGGAUUGUGUUGUAUGGGGGGGGCAAAAGUUUCCAGCUCCCCAGGCAGAAAUCAGUCCUGAGGUCAGCAGUAGGGAGGAAGAAGUGGAGCAGCUGAGAGUUGGAGAGAAAGAUUCACAGGCACACACACAGCACAGCCGUGUGGAGAUCCAGGGGACACUAUUGAAACUUACUGACUCAAGGACGUAGCUUUGCUGUAACUCAUCAGGGUAAUAAUGCUCCACGCUGGACUAGGACUUCUCUGCAUGGCCAACUCAGGAGCAUGAGAGCAGACAUUGGACACCGGGCAGACGACACAUAGAGCCGGGAAUAUUGCCUGUGUCUUCCUUUUACUUACCCAAUACAGUUUAGUCGUGCCAUUGUUGGGGGGAUAGAAAGAUUCAGAGUUUCUGGGCUUGGAAAGAACCAGUACAGAUCAGAGAGGGAGAGAGGAGACUGCUGGAGGGGGAGAGUUGUGUCCUCUCAUCUCUGAGACAUGGUAGAGUGUGUUACGGUAGAGAGCCCCUCAGCAGCAGUGUUAGCCCAAGAGCAUGGAGAAGUCCAGCAGUGAGGAGUCAGCCAUUCACCGCAGCCCAUCCGUGGAUAGCCUCGACUCCGACUUUGUCCGCGACUCCACGUCUGGCCGCCCAUUCGGCGGCCGCGGCUUCACCGCCGGUGCGUUCUACGGCUCUACGGGGCCGCGCGGUACCACGGCACAGGGGCAGGUUGGGACAGCGGCUGACACCAGCGUCAACAUCGGAGGAGACAAGAGCAGCAAUAACAAGUACACGGCGCCCAAAGGCAGCAAAUACGUGGUCUUUUACCUGGAUCUAUCAUUUGUGUUCCUUUUAGAGUUCAAGAAGUACAACAUGGCACGGGGCUGUCUCUGCUGUUUGAAGUACAUGAUGUUCUUCUUCAACCUCGUCUUCUGGUUGUGUGGCUGUGGGCUGCUGGGUGUUGGCAUCUGGCUGUCUGUGUCCCAGGGCAGCUUUGCCACCUUCUCACCCUCCUUCCCGUCCCUCUCCGCUGCCAACCUGGUCAUCGCGAUCGGCGCCAUCGUCAUGGUGACCGGUUUCCUGGGCUGCCUGGGAGCCAUCAAGGAGAACAAGUGCCUGCUUCUGAGUUUCUUCAUUGUCUUGCUGAUAAUCUUGCUGGCAGAGCUGAUACUACUCAUCCUGUUCUUUGUGUAUUCAGAUAAGGUCAGUGAGAAUGCCAAGCAGGACCUGAAGGAUGGCUUGUCUCUGUACAACACAGACAACAACGUAGGCCUUAGGAAUGCAUGGAACAUCAUCCAAGCAGAGUGGAAGUGUUGUGGGGUGGUAGGGUACACAGAUUGGCAUGAGGCCCUCAAGGAGAAAAUGGUACCCGACCGCUGCUGCCAGGAGCACUACCAAGAAUGCGGACGCAACUCCACCAACAUGUUUUGGACAAGGGGCUGCUAUGAGAAGGUGGAGGAGUGGCUCGAUGACAAUAAGCAUCUCAUGGGAACCAUUGGCAUGUGCAUCUUGGUAGUGCAGCUCCUCGGCAUGGCGUUCUCCAUGACACUGUUCCACCAAAUCCAUAGAACGGGGAAGAAGUAUGACGCUUAGCGGGUGACAGACGGCACACAGUGAAACGAGCCCCAUACGCUGCCUGAUGGGAAAGACUCUGGAUGACCCCCUAUCCCCCCCUUACCCACUGCAUCACUAAGCCUCCCCAUUCUUCCCAGAAACCCUGUAUAGACUGCAGCUGUGUCACCCUCCUCCUCUGCUCUGUCCACUCCACCAUUCAUUUGCCAAAGAAAAAUGGGACUAGAAGACAAAAGGACAAAUAUACUUUUGGCAAGGAACCCUUAGGUUAUCGCUCUCCUCUUCAGAAGUACAUUUCUAUUUUUGGGGUGCUUGUACUAACAAUUUUGUGGGAAGUACGAAUUUUGUGAAACGACAAACGCUUUACUAAUACUCACAUCCCCCUGCAAGGCAAAGAAAGAGAAGACAACAAAACAGAUAUUGUAGUUCCCUCCUGGCUUUCAUGGAUUUUGUCGUGUUGAUUAUUUAUGUUAACUUUCCCUUGUAAAUGAUGAAAGGCUCCAACAUAGCAUGCUAGUUUUCUACUCCCUGGAACUUUUUGUUAUUGAAAAUGUCAGACAACAAUGUUUUUUUCCCCAUUACAACAUGAUUUUUUUUCUAAAUGUGUUCUUUAUGCUCAUAUGGAAUGGAGUGUUUGAUAUGCUAAGUCUUAUCUCUUGUCAGAGCUGUAAAAUGGAUGAGGCUGUGGAUGGCCAGAGGCCAGGGGUUAGGAUCAAGGUUAUAAUGCCAGGAGUCCUUAGUGUGUGGUGCUCUGGAUUCAGACAGGUUCUUGGAAUGUCAGGAAUGUUCUGUGAUAGGAAGAAUUACAAAUCUUGAAAUCAGUAGUCAUUUCAACCAAAUCACCCAGAUAACCAUCUCACCACGCAACACACAAAGAAACAUACCAGUGUUGUUCUCGUUUCAACUUCCACCUACAUUUACAUUUCAAAGUUUAGUCAUUUAGCAGACACUUAUCCAGAGUGAAAUACAAUUAGUGCAUUCAUCUUAAGAUAGUCUAUAACCACCAGUACUUCCAUUCUGAAAUCAAAUAAAUAGACGGUUACAAAAUGAAUGUGUUUAAUAUGGGCCCGUCAGGACUGACACAUAUCUGGUGCUCUCUCUCUCUCUCUCUGAGGGCUGAGACUAGUGACUGCAGCAUUAGAUCAGAUUGAUGGAGCUACUACUACAGUGGAGGCAGCGUGAGAUUUGAGAGGAGAGAGAGAACAGAACUGCUGGAUGGAUGGCUGCCUUCAAAAGUCUACAACAGCAUUGAUCGUCUGAAGAGUUUCUCUGCUGUUUCUCCUCUUGCACACCUGAACUCUUUAAAAAAUCCCUCUCUUUCUCCAUCUCCUUCUCUCUCGCUCUCUCCUCUUCCUCUCUCUCUUUCUUUUUACAUGUCAGAACGGCAGGAGAGAUAGAAACUCUUCGCAGUACACAUUUCCACUGACAUUCCUUCUAGACUAAGUGAUGAUGUAUCUAUCUAUACCUCUAGUCUGGAUGCUACUGCUGUUGUAGUUUUCAAAGCACAUCCCCUGCUUCAGUCUGUCACAGAGGGGGUGGAAGGUGAGGGAGGGAAUCGGAUUAAAAGGUGAUGCAGUGGUUUAGAUACGGCAAUGCGUCCUGUUACUGGCGCCACAACGUAGGUCAAUGGCUCAACCACAGGAGUCCUGAACAACAAGUGUAGUUCUGUUCAGGCCACUUGGAUAUCUACACUCUAAACUACUUAGGAGGGCUUUACCAACAGGAUCAUGUCCAUUAGGCUCCAUCAAAACAGAUCAAAACAGUGUGGGACUACCUGGAAACGCACAUUUUCCAAUGCUUGCCCUAAUGAACGCAACCCAGUUUUCCUUUAACAUGUCAUCGUGCAGAAGAAGAGGGAACUUUAUGAGGCGUUCACUGCCAACCGUCUGCUUGUAGUAAUCGAUAAACUGAUUCAUCAUUAACAUGCUGAACUGGCUUAAUGUUUACUGUACUUUGGGAAAUUUGAUAAGAAGUUAGAUAAUCUGGCCCAGAAGUUGCAAAGAUAAAAAAUGUUAUCUUUUUAUUUUUUUGAAUUUUACCCCUUUUUCUCCCCAAUUUCAUGGUAUCCAAUUGUUUAGUAGCUACUAUCUUGUCUCAUCGCUACAACUCCCGUACAGGUUCGGGAGAAACGAAGGUUGAAAGUCAAGCAUCCUCCAAUACACAACCCAACCAAGCUGCACUGCUUCGUAACACUGCACCAUCCAACCCGGAAGCCAGCCGCACCAAUGUGUCGGAGGAAACACCGUGCACCUGGCAACCUUGAGUGCACUGCGCCCGGCCCGCCGCAGCCAAACCCUCCCCAACCAGGACGAGGCCAAUCACCCCACGGACCUCCCGGUUGCGGCCAGUUACGACAGAGUCUGGGCACAAACCCAGAUAGUCUCUGGUGCAGUACAGCGCCCUUAACCACUGCGCCACCCGGGAGGCCCAAAUAAAUGUGAUCUUACAAAUGUAAGAGGGUUAGGGGCUAGGAUUCUGCUUGGGAUAAGAAGUGUAAGAACUCUGACACUGCAUUGCUGCUACAUGAAUAAUAAAGGGGAAGUAAAGGUAAUGUAACCAAACACAGCUAACUCAGAGACACUGCUGCCUAGCUUUUACCCUCUCCGUCUGCAGCAAGGAUCAUCUGCAGGAUCAUCUAAGAUCAUUAAUUAAGGCUUAUUAGGACAUCUUUAUUUGAACAUAUUGGGAUGUACAUACCCUACAUAGUGGUAGAUUGCAGUAGAUGCUGGUUUGUGUGUAGCUGCGUCACAGGCUCAGUUGGUUGUUGCUCACCUUUACCUCUGAUUCACCAGAUGCCCCUGUCAUACUCCACAGGGAAAACAUGACAGCUGCUGAUGUAAAGCACAGGCUUCACAUCCCCUCAGCCUGGGUGCAUCCACAAACAGUCGUCACAAUUUAGCGCUCCAGCAAAUUCUGCAAGGUACAUGCCAGGAUAGACAUUUGUAGCGACGUGACAGUUGUUUUUGGUCCCUUAAGAACUUGCUUGCUGUAGAGUGUAGACCUACAUGUGUAUCCUUUGUACCUCCCUUGUAAAUCCUUGCACCCUCUCCCUUGAGUAAGAUUGGGUGGUGGUGAGGGGCGUUUUAUUUGUCACUAUGCUUGCUCCCAGAAGUAAUACUGCAUCUAACAUCAUAGACUUAACUGAUUAUAUCUGUGAUCAUUACUGUAUUGUAAAAGUCUGAUAUUGCCACAUUGUGUGAACUGAUUUCGGGUGGAAUGGUUUGAUGUUGAAUGAAAUGCAGAAUAGCCUCUUCAGCAUGAAGAUAGAUUGAUAUAUAUUUAAAAAUCCUGAAGACGAACCAGCUUCACACUGUUUAUAUGUCAGACGUGGUUCAAGCAUCAUCUCAAAAUCCCAAACUGUUUUUCCGUUGUCAUUCAUGUAACGUGUAACUGUCACUGCCCUCUUUGAAAUGUCAGUUUUCAACCAUUCAGAAAUGUUUCUGUUCUUCUGAGGGAAUUCAUUCAUGUCUUUGCUUCUCUCACAUUCUCCCAUCGUCAAUUGGUUUCUCAGUGUUUUAACAAUUGUUGUUUGUUCAUGUUCGUAGGGGUGCAGUAUAAGAAGGCCUGUUACUUUAACACAAAUUGUUUUUGUCUCUUGCUUUUAUACAAUAUGCUGUUUUACUAUGUUCUACUUGGCUUUGUUUUGUCUGAAGCUCACUGUCAGUUAUCCGGAGAACAUAACAUCAUUAGUAUUUUAUCCUCGGGAUUAUAAAAGGAUAGUUAGACGGGAGAGUUGAAGAUAAAAGAAACUCUCCUGUUUAAGGUGCAACUAAACCACCUUCCUGUCUUAACUUUGCCACAGGCAUUUAUCCAAGUCCCGUUUUGAGGGAGGAACAUGCAGUCAGAGUAGGACGAUAUACGAAGAUCUUUUAAAUUAAGAGUGCUAUUCUAUUAUCUGCGGUAUGUCUUUAACCAUGCCUGUACCACUUUUAUAAAUGCCUGCCCAACCUUGCCCUGUGGAAUGUGUUAAAUCUCAAAUGACACUGACUAAGCAACAUAAUUCCUUUUACUGCAUUAAGCUUAUGCUAGUCCUGAGUGUAAAUAAUCACAUUUCACAAAUGAUCAACUGUUGCAGUUGCACCUCUACAGUAGGAAGGAACUCAUGAACCUAAUACCUAUUGGCAUCAUUUGAUAUGAAAUGAAAUUCUAAAUGACAGCAGGAUCUUACCAACUAACACCUACGCUCUCUCUGACUGUAUAUUUUUGGAAAUCAUUUUCUCAGCUGUAUGGGUGUUAACUAAUAUCCUACCCAUUAAUUGUUAUUUUAUUAAUAUUUUAUUCCUUUGAUAGUUUGUUUGAAUUUGUACAUUUUCAUUCAGGAGCAGUGUAUAUGAAAUGUUCAUAUGUUUUUUGAGGUUAGUACUGUAUUCAUGUUUUUACACUAUUGCAGCUUGUAGUGAGAGAUACAUUUCAUGCAUGGAUUUGGAAUGAGCAUUAAGUAUUGACUCUCUUCACAUGGAAACACUGCCACAGACUAGAGACGGAAAGGGAAGAAUGGUUGUUGGGGUUUUGUCGGCUAUGAGGGAAUUUGAAAGGAAGCAGCUCAUUUCUAUCAACCACCUUUGACAUAUUUUUAUAAUCUCUUCUCUAAUCCCCCACCACUAAAGCUGACUAUCUGAGCUGUUCUGAAGUGUAUGCUCUUGAAUAGUGUGUUUGAUGUAGUGUCGUGGCAAACGGCAGUAUUAUCUGCUACAUGUCAGCCUUGUUCUGUGGAGUUUCUCUGCUACAUGUAAAAUCACUCUGAAUAUAAGGUGGUGCACUACAUUUCAUUCUUUAAAUCCUGCUAUUUUUGAAAUAAAGGAAAGUGUGUCGCAAAAUU